AUGGCCAGCCAGAUGGAGGUAACUGGUGCAGGUCAUCAGAGUGAGGUAGAUGGUAGAGAUGGAGGAGAGAGAGUCACGAUUCAUGAGGAGUUGCUCCAAAGUACAUACACGUUUUUGGGAGCGACCAACAGAACUCAUCAACAGCUUCAAAUUCUAGAUGAGGGUACACUGCCCAUCCCUGAGCUAGACCUCAAGCCGGAGGUCGAUGUACUUCUUUCUGAUCCAGAAGUGGUUGAGAAGUUGGAGCAGUGUUUAAUGAACUGGAACACUCAGAUUGCCGUUGUCAUUGAGGAGCAGAAAAGCAAAGAGCCACAGGCACCUGGCCCUAUAGCCGAGAUGGCUUUUUGGCAGGAACGAGCGUCCAUCCUGAGCGCUCUGAGUGAGCAGCUUAAACAGCCAAUGGUUGACAAAAUCUUGGAGGUGAUGACCAAAGCUGAUACAGGCAUCGCUCAGACCCUGGAAGGAACGGUUGCUCAACUUGAAAGAUAUCGCGUUGAGUCUGAGGAAAACUCACAUUUCCUUGGCACAAUGGAAAGACACUUCAUGGUGAGCUGCACUUUUAUUUAG